UCUGGCUUCACGAUGAUGACGUGGGAACAGCAUCGAGAACAACUAGCGAAAGAAUACGUGCAUCCCCCAGUUUUAGCGAAAGAUCUACCUCAUGAGUUGGAAGACAGGAUUAAUUUCUUAUCGAGCUAUGCACAACACGCGGAUAACAUGCAAGUAAAACUCUUCGAGGCAGCAAUCGCAGAAAACACCGAGAGCGACGAGCCGCACACCCCGCCGAUCCACAUCAUCAACGACAUUGAUGAUGACCUGACGCCACCUUACGAAUUUCAUUACUCAAACCUCAUGUGGCAUGGCGAAGGGGUGCCCAAGCCAGACUGGGAGAACUUGCGAGGAUGCGACUGCAUCGGUCCAUGCGAUCCGAAGUCUGAGACCUGCAUUUGUGCGCAGAGACAUCAGCAGCAUUCUGAAAGUCCUGGCUUCCUGUAUGACCAGAGGCUAAGACUGAGAUCCCAGGGGUACCCGAUCUUCGAAUGCAAUGACUUGUGCAGAUGCUCCGAUGACUGUAUCAACAGAGUGGUUCCAUGGGGCCGGAAACACCCUAUCAAUAUUUGCAAGACAGAGAACAAAGGCUGGGGUGUCUUCGCCGGUCACAAGAAGAUUCCAGCUAACACUUACAUUGGUAUAUAUGCUGGAGAAUAUCUGACCGAGUCAGAAGCAGAGGAACGGGGCGUCCUUUACAACAAGUUCGGUCGCACGUAUCUGUUUAACAUCAACUUCUGGCACUUGCAUGUGGAUGACCCCAAUUGGACUAUUAAGUAUAGCAUCAAUGCGUAUCAUGCUGGCAAU